AUGCCCCAGAACGCACUUUGGGAAUCAGCGCCGACUACAUCGGCCCCGGCAUCGGCUACUGGCGAGCACGAAGGCUUCAAAUGCUCAAUAUGCAGCAAGUCAUUCGAACAGAGGUCUUCUCGCGACCGACAUCUUAGACGAUGCAGGCAAAAGCAGCUCACAGGAACAAUACCACGAAAGAAGAGCUGUGCUCUCUGUACACAGGCGAAGACACGGUGUGAUCUUAAGACUCCGGCAUGCACUCGAUGCAAAACGAAGGGUCUCGAAUGCCAGUACUACGCACCGCCAAUGCAUGGAGCUCCCGCUCCGGCUCCAGCUCCAGCUCCCACAGUGUCACUACAACCAGCGCCCAUAGUUCAAACCGCCAAUACUACUAACGCUACUGUUAGCGAAGAAAUAUCACUUCCAACACCAGCUCCGACAGAUAAUGAGCAUGUUGAAGAUGCUAACGAAGAGUCGAAUUUCGCUUCACUUGGAGUCGUUGACUGGGGAGAGAUGAGUAAUAGUCUGUUAGACUGGUCACCCAUGUUCGUGCCUGUAGGGGCACAAACACCAACAAACAAUGGAGGGCUGGAAACGCCCUUAAGCACCCCACAGUCAUGUGAAGACGGCCAUCCAAAUUCCAUGCCCAAUCUUUGUGAGCCCGGUCCCCACACAGAGUGCGGCAAUCACUUCCGUACGGCGGGCCAGCUUACCCGACUAGUCUCCGUCGAGUCGUUUACCCAUAUGCGACACCGGCUUAGCACCGAGUCCGCAGAAAUGAGAAAGAGUUAUUUUAACAAGUUUAACUUCAUGAACCGGGUCCUUAAAGCAUACCCAAAGAUGAUGGUCGCAGGAAAUAUGUUACCACCAUUCGUGCAUCCGUCCUCCAUGCUACCGGGGAAGAUUACAGAAGCGCUGGCGAAUUGUAAGGGCCUGGUGCAGAUGUACAAAACUAUGGGGGCGGAAAAUAGGCAAUUUGUUAUGAAAACUAUUGCACAGGAACAUGAUAGGAUAUUACAACAAUAUAUGACAUGUAACGAUGUAGAGAUGUUGUCUAUGUUACAAGCCGCGGUUGUAUAUGGAAUUGUUCGGUAUUUUGAAAACGAUCCUAUGAUGGAUAAAUCAAUCCUCAUGCAGAUUGAAACUAUCGCGUUCAAUGUAAGCCUUGGCGGCCUAAUGGCGAAAGGAGAGCAGGAGAACACUCGUCCAGUCUGGGAAGAAUGGGUGCUCGCCGAAUCGAAGCGACGAACAUUAGUCACGCUAUAUAUGCUCGAUGCAUCAUUCCACUUCAGCCGAGGACUGGAAACACUAACUUCCUACGAGAUGGCAGAUCUUCCGCUUCCAACCGUAAGACAUCUAUGGGAAGGUAUGGACCGUACAAAAUGGGAAUACGACUACGAGGGAUACCUUGCUGCACUAAAUGGUCAAAGAUUACCUCGAAUGCAAGAUGCUUGGCCGCCAAAUACAGCCUUGGUGGAAGAAUGGUAUGCGGGGAUGGACUCUUUUGGUGUCACACUUUUGGCUCUGUGCGAAAAUUGCCCGCACAAAGAAGAACACGCGCGGAUUGCGCAGGCUCGACAGGCUGUUCGUUUAGGGCUCUCUGUUGUUUGA